AAUAAAAAAAACAAGCAGCGUAGCUGCAUUUCAAAAUCAGAAUAAACAAAAAGAAAGAAAAAAAUCACAAAAGCAGCCAAGCUGCGUAACAAAGAAAACAAAACAAAAUAAACAAAAGAAUAAAAAAAAUAAACAAAGGAGAUAAGAUGGGAGUAGUCGGCCAACAAAAACAAGAGGAGGAAAGUUAGCAAGAAGCUCCUGCACAUGGGCGGUAAAACAGGAAGGGACAGCUCGAUCCAUCAGCCAACCAAGAAAAUAAGGAGUGCAUUUCUAGUUGCAAUAAAAGAGCUCUUGGCCGCAAGGGAAGUAACAUUCAGCUGCAGAAACAUAUACACACCCAGCUCCAAUUCGAAGGAGGCAAAGGAUUGAGCUGAAAAUAUACACCUGAAAAACUCAGCCGCAAGUAGCUCCGGCAGAAAAAUUCAAGCUGUUAGGGAGAAGAAUAGAGCUCAAAACACUCAGAAGAAAAUGGGAAACGAAGCACAUAGCAGCACCAACAGUUCUGGUUAAUCUUUUGUUAUCUUUCAAUUUCAAUCCUAAUUUCAUGCUUAGAUUCAAACUUCAAUAAGCUUUCAGUUUUAAUUUCCGUAUUAUUUCAUAUUUGGAAUUGCUAUUUACUUGGGAUUAUUAUUGGAUACUUGUGUUGUUAAUGACGUUUAAGUACUGUUUAGUAAUAUCUGCAUGUUGCUCUAGCCCUUUUAUAAAUUGUUUUAGUUUCUUAAUAAUAAUAAUUAUGUUAGGCUAAAAUUCCCUUGGGGUUUGGAUUUGGAUAAAGUUAAGGUUAAUGGGUAUUCUUGAAUAUUGAAUUGAGUUUGGGAAAUUCUCUAAUUUUUAGGACUAGUUGUUUGAGAUAAAUUUGAAUGAGUAAUUUGUGAAAUUGAUCACUUCACUUGUGAAUGUUUGGAAAAUUAAUUCUUGCUUGUCUAUGAGUGUAGAAUUAAUUUAGUUCACAUCUCACACAUCCUAAACUAAGCCUAGAAAUAGGACAUGUUAGGGAAUUAAAAUUAAAUUCUUGUCUAUGAGAAUUAAUGUUACUAUUCUUAGAUUGGAGAAAAUACCCAAAUUUAUUUAUAAUCAAAGACACUCAAGAUCCUUACUUCCAAUUCUAAACCCCACUUUUAAUUAGUUAAUUUAUUGUUACUAGUCACAUUAAAUUUACCUUUUAGCAUUUUAUUUUCAAAACUUUUUUUCAUCCACAUGUUCGCUAGUUUAAAUUAGUAUUUUAAUUUCUCUCUCAAUUUAUUUUGCAUGUUCACUAGUUUUAGUUUACUCAUUAAUGUCAUUUAAUUAAAUUCCCCACUACUACUUUUGUUGUUUAAUUUUAUUUACUUAACCAUUAUCAUAAUUAAUCGAUUGAGAAAGCUUGCAACGACUCGUACUAACCGGUGACCGAUAUUGAAACCAACACUUCCCUCCGCCACUCCUCAGAGACACGAUACUCGGGGAUAAAUUUUUCCAUCCGGAAAGGUUAAACUCCGUUUUACUACAACGCCGCGAAAGCGGUUAUCAAAUGGCGCCGUUGCCGGGGAGUGGCACAGUUGUAAGUUGGUUUUUAUUAUUGACAUAGGCGAACCCGAGUUAGUGAGACUUUCUCCUUUAUUUUCUGUUUUUUUUUGUGUUGUUUUCUCAAGUUUGCAGGAUCAAUUUGUAAAAUCUCUCUCUUUCAAACAUGGCAAGUUGCUAUCAUUUGCUCUCUGCCUCAAAGAACAUUAUUGAGAGGGUUUGAUAAAAAAAAAAUUCACCAGGAUGAGGGAGAGGCAAAUAGUGCUUGAUGCUUUAACCUUGGACUUUUCUGAGGAUGAUAACAUCAUUAUUCCGCCAAUCGAUGCCACUGAUUUUGAGAUUAAUCCUGAUAUCAUUCAAGUGAUAUCAAUUAAUCAAUUUGGCGGUUUGAAACAUGAAGAUCCGAUAUUGCAUAUGUUGUGGUUUAACAGAGUCUGUAACACAUUCCGGAUCAAUGAAGUGUCAAUUGACAUCGUGAAACUUAUCUUAUUCCCAUUCUCUCUUCGGGAUAAGGCUGUUCGGUGGUUAAAUUCUUUUCCACCCGGUCACUUCACCACCCGGAAUGCUCUUCAUCUGGCGUUCAUGCACGAGUAUUUUUCUCCAUCGGCAGUUGCACACAUCAGAACCUUGAUUCAAAAUUUCAGACAAGCUCCAAUGGAAACAAUAAGUGAGGCUUGGGAUCGAUACAAAGGCCUACAGAGAAAGUGUCCUAAACAAUUGAUGGAUGCUUAUGACUUGAUGUUCUAUUUCUACUAUGGACUUCAAGUUGUAAGUAAAAGAGAGUUGGACCAUUAUUCAAAGAUGGGUUCUUUUCUCGACAUGACACUGAAAGAGAGUGAAACACUCAUGGAGAAUGUGGUCUCAAAUGCUAAGAACUGGUACUAUGAGACAGAAUCUUCUUUCGAGACUACACUUCAAAGCACCGAUCAAAUCUCAGCCCUCACAACAAUAAUUGACAACCUGGCAACUCAAGUGAAGAAUCUCAAAUCACAAUCGAGCCAGGUAAAUAAGCUGAGUCAUUUCAUGGAAGUUCAGGAAGGUUUGGUGGAUGCUAGUACUGAAGCACCCAAAAUUGAUGAAGAAUCCAUAGACGAGAGAUGGACGUCCACUGAAAAGCAAAACUUAGUGGGGCUUCAAAAUGAGGGAUUUGAUGAAGAUGAUGAAAGUGAGAGUGAAGAAUUCUUUGAGCCAAUUUCAGAAAAAGUUGACGUGGGAGGCAUUUUGUAUGAAAGUGAGUUUGAUAAGGCAUCUCACCGAGAGGGGGAAUUUGAAAUAUUUGUGGGUUCACCAUGCAAAAAUUUUAAGGAGAAAACCCCUGAGAAGAGCAAUGAAAUUGAGGAGCUUCUGGAUCUACUUUUGGAGACUUUGGAUGUGCAAGUUGACCAAGAAAAUUUUGCACAAAAUGUGGAAGAAGAAAGUGUGGAGGAGGUCCUUGACUUGCUCCUUGAUGUACUUGAUACUAGUACAAUGCUCAAAAUAGUCCAGAUUGAAGGGGAUCUGGAGAAUGAGGAUGACUUUCCUUAUUUUAUUUUACCACCUGAAAAUGAGAAAGAUGCACAGGCCUUUGCUCUUGCUUGUGAGUUUUUUAUGAAACAGAGGUGGUACACAAGAAGAGUCCCGAGGGUCAAGCUGUAUGAUCCGAGAGUUGGAAAGUCAAGGAAAAAGUGAAAAAAAACGUCAAGCUAGUGACGUUAAAGAAGCGCUUUUGGGAGGCAACCCAAUUGUUAAAAAGAAAAAAAAAAUUCAAAAAAAAGAUGCAAAAAAAAAAACAAAAAAAAAUUAUUUCCUUUUUUCCCCUUGUUUGUGUGUUAGUUUUGAUUCAUAUUUAUUUUCUUUAGCUUUUUCAGGUUAAUUACAGGAGUUCCCCGAUUGGAUUAAAAUUUGAUUUGUGCUUGCUCUUUCAUCUUCUUCAAUAUUGAGCACAAGGGAGUACUUCUUUUCUCUGUUAAUUAUUUCCCUCCCUGUUUAUUUAUUUGUGAUUCAUCUUAAGUGUGAGGAGGGUACUUUUGAAAAAUUCAUAUUUGCCCUGUUUUAUUUUGAUUUUAUUUUGAGACCUCGAGGACGAUGUCUAUUCUCAAGUGUGAGGAGGGUUUGAAACAGGGCAAUGGACUGAUCUAGUGUGCAUGACAAGAGGCUCAGGUGAACUAAGUUAAGAUCAUUAACAAGCUAAGGUGUAAUCUACUUUAUCUAUUUUUUUUGAAAGUUUUGUUAUAACUAAUAUUUUUAUUCGCAUCAUACUUUUAAAAAAAUCUUUAAUUAUUAGGAGAUAUGCUUGAUUUCUACUUAAAAGUUAUGUGCACAAGUUUGGGGUUUUGAUUUGAAUGAUUGUUCGGUCUUACUUUCUUUUCAUGGAUAUAUACAAUGCUCGUUGGUUAGCUUAAAAUUUAAAUUCUUUGGAUUAGGGAGAAUUCUAUCCUCGAAUGAGGCUCUGCUUUUAGCAUUUGGUAGAAUAUCUCUCGCUAUUCUGGUUGUACUUGAUUAUUGAUUUGAAAAGUGUCUUCGUUGGGAGUCUCAUCUCCGAGAAGGGGCGCUGCUCUUCUCAUUAUCGUAUUCUGCGAGAGUUGAGUAUAUUUUAUAUAUUUUAUGAGAUAGCCCCACAAAUCAAUGAUUUAGUUUAACCAUAAAAUUCUUACCAACUUGGCUUGGUUUAUAGCUCCCCCAAGUUCAUUCAAAAAAAAAAAAAAACAGAACAAAAAAAAAACGCUAAGGGAGCUAAAACUGUUUUUAGAACUCGAGCUUGUGUGUAUUUCAUGACUAGUUAAGGAUGACCGAGGGGUUUUGAAUGUGAAUGUUGACUUGUGCUCAUAACUAAUUAGUAGCAGUUUUUGCAUAUAUGCUAGCAUUAAAGGAUUUUUUUAUUAGUAUGUUGUGUCAUAAAAGUUUAGUUAUUAAUGUACUUUCAUGGAAAUAUAGUUAGAUAGAUUGGGAUCUUAGUCUAUUAAUGGUUGAAUCUAAGUGAUCUUGAGUCCUUGAGUUGUGCACUAUAAACAGUUUGCCUUGAAAAUGUGCUUGAGAGUAGUUUUGUUGCUUGAGGGCAAGCAACGCUUAAGUAUGAGGAGAUUGAUAAGUCUGAUUUGUUCAUAUAUUUUUACUCACUUUUUAUAGUGUUUCUUGUUAAACUCAAGGCAAAUUGAUAUACUUUUCUGUGUUUUUGUUGCAUUUUUGUUCAUGUUUAAAAUUAGUGUCGAAAUUUACGUUUUUUGCGUGAUUUGUGUUUAAUUCAAGUGUUUGGAUUGUGUUUUUGUUUUUUUUGUUCUUAUUUGUGUUAUCUGUAUUUUGUGAUUUGUCAAAUUUUAGUAUUAUAUUAUAUUUCAAUGUUAUUUUAAUACAAUAAUCAAAUAAAGCAAAAAAAAUCAUGAAAAGGAAAUAAAAAAAAAACAAGCAGCGUAGCUGCAUUUCAAAAUCAGAAUAAACAAAAAGAAAGAAAAAAAUCACAAAAGCAGCCAAGCUGCGUAACAAAGAAAACAAAACAAAAUAAACAAAAGAAUAAAAAAAAUAAACAAAGGAGAUAAGAUGGGAGUAGUCGGCCAACAAAAACAAGAGGAGGAAAGUUAGCAAGAAGCUCCUGCACAUGGGCGGUAAAACAGGAAGGGACAGCUCGAUCCAUCAGCCAACCAAGAAAAUAAGGAGUGCAUUUCUAGUUGCAAUAAAAGAGCUCUUGGCCGCAAGGGAAGUAACAUUCAGCUGCAGAAACAUAUACACACCCAGCUCCAAUUCGAAGGAGGCAAAGGAUUGAGCUGAAAAUAUACACCUGAAAAACUCAGCCGCAAGUAGCUCCGGCAGAAAAAUUCAAGCUGUUAGGGAGAAGAAUAGAGCUCAAAACACUCAGAAGAAAAUGGGAAACGAAGCACAUAGCAGCACCAACAGUUCUGGUUAAUCUUUUGUUAUCUUUCAAUUUCAAUCCUAAUUUCAUGCUUAGAUUCAAACUUCAAUAAGCUUUCAGUUUUAAUUUCCGUAUUAUUUCAUAUUUGGAAUUGCUAUUUACUUGGGAUUAUUAUUGGAUACUUGUGUUGUUAAUGACGUUUAAGUACUGUUUAGUAAUAUCUGCAUGUUGCUCUAGCCCUUUUAUAAAUUGUUUUAGUUUCUUAAUAAUAAUAAUUAUGUUAGGCUAAAAUUCCCUUGGGGUUUGGAUUUGGAUAAAGUUAAGGUUAAUGGGUAUUCUUGAAUAUUGAAUUGAGUUUGGGAAAUUCUCUAAUUUUUAGGACUAGUUGUUUGAGAUAAAUUUGAAUGAGUAAUUUGUGAAAUUGAUCACUUCACUUGUGAAUGUUUGGAAAAUUAAUUCUUGCUUGUCUAUGAGUGUAGAAUUAAUUUAGUUCACAUCUCACACAUCCUAAACUAAGCCUAGAAAUAGGACAUGUUAGGGAAUUAAAAUUAAAUUCUUGUCUAUGAGAAUUAAUGUUACUAUUCUUAGAUUGGAGAAAAUACCCAAAUUUAUUUAUAAUCAAAGACACUCAAGAUCCUUACUUCCAAUUCUAAACCCCACUUUUAAUUAGUUAAUUUAUUGUUACUAGUCACAUUAAAUUUACCUUUUAGCAUUUUAUUUUCAAAACUUUUUUUCAUCCACAUGUUCGUUAGUUUAAAUUAGUAUUUUAAUUUCUCUCUCAAUUUAUUUUGCAUGUUCACUAGUUUUAGUUUACUCAUUAAUGUCAUUUAAUUAAAUUCCCCGCUACUACUUUUGUUGUUUAAUUUUAUUUACUUAACCAUUAUCAUAAUUAAUCGAUUGAGAAAGCUUGCAACGACUCGUACUAACCGGUGACCGAUAUUGAAACCAACACUUCCCUCCGCCACUCCUCAGAGACACGAUACUCGGGGAUAAAUUUUUCCAUCCGGAAAGGUUAAACUCCGUUUUACUACAACGCCGCGAAAGCGGUUAUCAGGAGGGUAUACUCUCUCCUCUUAGUGUUCACCUCAAAAUCAGAAUAGUAUUGGGCAAAGAACUCCUGUCGGAAAUUCUCCCAAGUCACGGUAUUGCCAUACUUUCCCUUGGCUCCGUCCCACCAUGUGGAUGCCAUCCCUUCAAGCAAUCUCACCGCCACCCUUAGUUUAAAUUCGGGGGUGAGUUGCAUAUCAAGGGCUGCUUCGUUCAACCUCUUGAUCCAUUCCGCGGCGACCGAGAUGUCACCUGCUCCGUUGAAGGGUUUGCACCCCAAGUCUCUCGCCUCUUUGAGAAAUUUUGAGAUCCUUAUGAUUGGACCUCCAUCACCUCGGCCCCCAUGUGGUUCAAUGUGGGCCCUAGAGUCGGCAUGGCUUCUUCCUCUUGAAGCCCCACCCGAAGUUCGCCCUCCUCGGCGCCUUCGGCGUUCCCUCCUUUCCUCGCGCUCCCGCUGAUAUUGCUGGAGCAGCGCCUCAAUUCUUGCUAGGGAGUCAUUCUCCCCUUCUUCAUCACUUACAUCAUCAUCUUCCCCUUCAUAAGGGGUCUCAACUGGUUCUGUUUCCGGCCGAUAGGUCGAGUCCUCAUAUGACCAGUAGCUCUCGUUCUCGGUGCUCACAUGACCGUCGCUCACGGUCUGUGAUCGGCCUCCACGGCCAGCUCCUCCAGAUGCUCUAGAGGUCCUUCGACUGCCCUGUCCAGUCUCCACUGGUACACGGCCCGUCGGGUUCCUUCUCGUAACCUUGCCACCACCGUCCAUUUCUGAAAGAAAUUUUGGAAAGAGUCAUUAGACUCGUGUCAAAUGUCAAUUGACGGAUAGGUACUUAAGACACUACUUGGCUUGAAUUGUUGCCAUACCAAUUGCUAAGGGUACCAUCUUAACAAUUAGAGACCUUGCAACCCAAGUACCAAAAGCUCUCCAAGUACAAAACUUCUAUGCUCAUGGUUUUCAAAAUCUUUUCAAAAAGAGAAUUUUGAGACUUCAUUAUGAAGUUUAUGGACUAAGGCUCUGAUACCAAUUAAAUUGUCACGCCCCAGACCUACCCAGACACGUCAACAACCCGCCGUACAAUACGAAUAGUCAACCGCAGUCCAACACAUUCAUAUUAUACAAGGCGUCAUGAAUAUCAUUCACACAUAUAACAUCCAUAAACAAACAUAAUAAGUAAUUGAAAAAAUUCCACUUUUGGUCCCAUGACUAUUAUGCCACUUCUACAUUAAUCCCCUGACUUUCAAUUUAACCAAAUGUAGUCCUUGACUUUUUCUCCAUAACCACCUGUCGUCCUUCCGGUCUCAAUUCCGGCUAAUGUCAACCGGAAAACAAUUAAUGAGGGGGCAUUUCAGUAAAUUUAGGUUAAAAAACGGUUACCUGAUAAACUUUAACAUUAAGUUAACUUAAUGUUUAGUUAAUACGACCAUCCCCCUCUACCUCAAAAACCAAAGUGUGUUCUCCCUCUCAAGUCUCAACAAAGCUUCAGUCACCUCUGAAAAAUCCCCAAAAUCGUUCGAAGAAUGAGGAACCGUCUGGACCGUCGGUGUGAAGGAGAAGGAACAAGUGCUGAACGGAGGUCGCCAACAAAUGUUUCUGAUAAAGGUUCAGACAACUGUGGAAACACUUUUACUUUGAGGUUGUUUUAUGGAGGUAAAGUCUAUGACAAGGAUAAACCUGCAUACACGGGAGGGUCAAUCCAUAAUUUUCAUGAUGUAGAGGUUGAUGAGUUCAGUUUGAUUGUGUUGAAUGAGAAGUUACAAGAACUUGGCUGCACCAAGAAACUUAUGACAGUGUACUCCUAUUCCAAUGAGGAUGAGUCCCUAAAACAACUACACAGUGAGGCUGAGGUUUGGGGGAUUGUGAAUGAUGGAAUUGUUGGUAAGGUGGUGGAGUUAUGGGUAGAAUUAGAACCCAGUGGUGACACUGAAGAUGAUGAUGACCCUGAAGAUAGUGACUUUGCCUACAGUGAGAAGGAGUUAGAAGAAUUUCCUGGAGAUGAAAAUGACUCUGAUUUGGAAGACUUCAUUUCUAAGGAGGCUGCUGAGUUAUCUGCUCAUGGAGGGUUAAGUAGCAGUAGUGAAGGAGAAGAUCACUUGCCUGAGGCUUCAAUGGUAGAUCCGGAUCCUAACUUGUCAGAUGAUGGUUCCAUACAUGAAUCUGAUUCUGACUCUGAGAAGUGGACUAAAUUCUCUGCCAAGACUGAUAUGAAAGACCCAACCUUUAAGUUGGGUAUGACAUUUGCCACCAAACAGGAAUUCAAAGAAGCUGUGGAAAAUCUUGCAUUUAAGAAUGGUAAAGAUGUGAGAUUUGUUAAAAAUGAUAAGGAACGGGUUGUUGUGGAGUGCAAGCAUAUAGGUUGCCCAUGGAAGAUGAAUCUUAGAAAAGUAAUGAACUCUCAUUCUUGGGUGAUUUUACAGUACCAUUCCAAACAUGAAGGUUGCUCUUGGGUCUAUCACAACAAAAUGGUGAACUCAAGCAAGGUAGCAAAUAGGUGGUUCAAAGAGAUUGAAAGUCACUCAAAUUGGAAAACUAAAGAGUUUAGACAGAAAGUAUGUACUGAAGAACGCUUCCAUUUGAGUCUCAGGCAAGCUUAUAGAGCAAUAACUAAGGCAAAGAGGAAACUGCAAGGUGAAGAAGAAGAUUACUUCAAGAAGAUAUGGUCAUAUGUGGCUGAAAUAAGAAGAACCAAUCCUGGGAGCACUUGUGUUGUGAAAUUGAGUGAUAAUGUUGAGGUGGAUGGACAACAAAGAUUUCUGAGGAUGUAUAUGUGUUGGGAAGCCUGUAGGGAAGGAUUUAAACAUUGUAGGCCAGUGCUUGGGGUUGAUGGCACUCAUCUGAAGACCAAGACAGGGGGGGCAACUUUUAGUUGCAAUUGGAGUAGAUGCAAAUAAUAGCAUCUUUCCACUUGCUUAUGCUAUUGUUGAGGGUGAAAGUAGAGAAUCUUGGGCUUGGUUCUUGAACCUAGUGAAGAUGGAUGCUGAGAUCACAGAAGCCAAUGAGCAUGUCUUCACUUUAAUGUCAGACAAGCAGAAAGGGCUAAUUCAAGCUGUGAAUGAACUACUACCAGGUGUUGAGCAUAGAUUUUGUGUGAGGCAUCUACAUGGCAACAUGAAGGCUGCAGGUUUUACUGACAAAGCUCUAAAGGAUACUCUGUGGGAAUGUAGCAAGGCAUGCACUUUGAACUCAUACAAAGCUGCCCUAUCCAGAUUCAAAGAGAUUGAUGGGCAAGCAUUUGAGUGGCUGGCAGACAAGCACCCCAGAGAAUGGUCAAGAGCACACUUCUCUACUCAAUCCAAAACUGACAUGUUGACCAAUAAUAUUUGUGAGUGCUUUAACAGUGUAAUACUAGAGGCCAGACAACAAGCCCUUUUGGUGUGCCUAGAAAAUAUAAGGAAAAUGCUUUUAACAAAGUUGUUCACUAGCAGGACUAAGGCAAGAAAGUGGACCUCAAAUCUGUGCCCUAGAAUAGUUAAAAAAAAUUCAAGAGACUGAGAAGUUAGCUGCAGGUUUGAUUGGCUAUCAGUGUGGUGACAAUGACUUUGAGAUAAUGGGAUCGCAUGGUAACCAACAUGGUGUGGAUUUGGAGAAGAGAACAUGCACUUGCAGGCAGUGGGACUUAACUGGGAUCCCCUGCAAGCAUGCAAUAUGUGCUAUUUGGCUGAAAUUUGGAAAAGGACCUGUUGAUGCAUAUGUCCACCCAUGUUAUUCUAAAGACACUUAUUUGCAGAUAUAUGGAGGCUCCAUAAAGCCAAUGGCUGGGCCAGAUGAGUGGCCUUUAAGUGACAGACUUCCCCCUCUUCCACCAGUAUAUGCUGCUAGAGCUGGAAGACCAAGAAAACUGAGAAGAAAAUAUGCAGUUGAUCUGAGCACAGAUGGAGUCCGAGUAGCAAGAACACAUAUUAAAUUGCAUUGUUCAAAGUGCAAGAAGGCAGGCCACAAUGCAAGGAGAUGUCCGGACGAUCCUAACAUCAAGGAGAAGCUGAUGCAACCUAGGAAAAGAAACAGGAAAUCUAAGAGCAGACAGAGUGUUGGACUGCAUGAUAGAGAUGAGGGAGUAUCUAUACAGGAAGAGCUUGUUGAUGAGUCCAACCUUGUUGACAUUACCAUGAUGUGUGCCGAGGAAGCUAUUUUUGGAAGUGAGGUUCCUAUUGUUGUGAGUGUGGAGGACACUAAUAUGUUUACACAAGACACACAACUCACUCAGGUCUCAGAAGAGAGGACAGAAGAAACCAAAGAAGAGAGCAAAGAAAAGAGGGCAGAUGAGGGGAAAGAAGAGAGCAAAGAAGAGAGCAAAGGAGAGAGUGAAGAACAGAGCAAGGAGGUAUCAGAAGAGGAGACUGUUGGGACUUACCAGAGGACAAAGCAAGGUGUUAGGAUAUGCUAUGGACCACCCCCUAGUCAAAAGAAGGGCAGUACAAGUGUUCCUAAAUCUUCUCAGGUUAAUCCGAGACCCAAACUCACCAUUCAAAGGGGACCAAGCUAUGCUACUAGAUCCAAAACAACAUUCAAAUCAGUCUUCUUUGGAAGUGAUGAUGAACCCAUUGAUAUAGAGUAGUGGUUGGAGUCAAAUGUUUAUGAAU